AUGAUACUCAAGCCUGAAUCAUGUGCUAGGAUAAAAUCCGAGCUCAGUAUUUUUUGGACCUUCGACGUUCUUUCUCUCUUAACUAGUGGGUUACAAAAGUGCGAUGGUCCGAGCUUCAAGAUGACCAGCGAGGUUCAAGGGUUGUAUACUAUGGUCACCCAGACGGAACGGAAAAUUAAAAGUCCAGUAAAAAAAACUGAUGAUCCAUCAGUAAAUAGAUUGGAGAAACCACCAAAUGAAAUUACAAAAAAAGGUAUUGGACACGUGAGGGGUGAUAAUGUUGUAGAAGAAGAAAAGCCGGAAGUAAUUGAAGAGAAAGUACGUAAAAAACGUGAGCACAAACCUAAAAAACCGUCACUAAGAGAAGUACAAAGAUUAUUACAAAAAGACAGCAAUCCUAACAUAAUAAAUUUGGACGAACUACCUAAUCCUUUAAAAUGUUCAGUGUGUAACGAGUCUUUUCAAACUAAUCGAGAAUACGCUUAUCAUUCAGUAAAACACAAUAACGAUAAUCAGUAUACAUGUCAUUUUUGUGAUUACAAAACUGAUCAAAAGAAACAAAUCAAAGCGCACAUGUUGCAACACAGUGUUUUUAAAUGUAAAAUAUGCGAGAAAAUUUUCAAAAAACGACAUUCGGCGUAUAAACAUGGCGAAAGACAUAUGGAAAAUAACAAAGUACAAUGCGAAAUAUGCGGUAAAAGUUUGCAAAGCCAGUCGUUGAAGACUCAUAUGAAGAUUGUACAUACUGAUGAAAUGAACAACCAGACGCAUUUCUGUCCAAUAUGCAAUAAAGCUUAUAGGUACUCGUCAAGCGUGAGGAAACAUAUUUCAGCUAACCACAGAGAGCUUGGUAUAGACGUGUCUGUAGUGUGCGACAUUUGCGGCAAAAGAAUAUCAAGUAAAAGCAAACUGAUGAAACACCUGAGUAUCCAUACUGGAGAUAAACCGCAUUCUUGUACUGUUUGUUAUAAAAAGUUUAGAGCUAUAGACACUCUACGGUCUCAUAUGGUGGUGCAUACAGGAGAGAAACCUUAUAAGUGUUCGUAUUGUGGUAAAGGUUUUGGACAAAACGCUCCGUAUCGGUACCAAAAACUACUUUGGCAAAAAAUCAUUACCAACGUUCCAACUUCGAACCAUGAACCUCCAACAACCAACAAACUUCAAGAUAAUCCAAAGACUGAUAAUAAUACUAAAAUAGAAUUGGAUAAACAAUUAUUUGCAGAAUAUAUACCGAAUACAACUGAAUUUCAAGAACCGACAACUUGCGCUGUAUGUCUUGAAUAUUUCUAA